AUGCCUGGAUUAAGUUUUGACAAUUAUCAAAGAAACGCAUUUUUAACCUCCAAAGGUUUUGCCACACCCAAAGCAACAUCCACUGGUACCACUAUUGUUGGAUGUAAAUUCAAGAAUGGAGUGGUGAUAGCAGCAGAUACCAGGGCAACUUCAGGUCCAAUAGUAGCAGAUAAGAAUUGUGAGAAAUUACAUAGAUUGGCUCCAAAGAUUUGGUGUGCAGGUGCCGGUACUGCAGCAGAUACUGAGAUGGUUACCCAAUUGAUUGCCUCUAAUUUGGAACUACAUGCAUUAUCGCAAAACAGACAGCCAAGAGUUAUUGCAGCGCUUACUAUGUUGAAACAACACUUGUUCAAAUACCAAGGUCAUUUGGGAGCAUAUUUGAUUGUUGCCGGUGUUGAUCCAACUGGAGCCCAUUUAAUGUCAGUCCAAGCACAUGGGUCUACUGAUAUUGGUAAAUACCAAAGUUUGGGUUCGGGUUCAUUAAAUGCCAUGGCUGUUUUGGAAACAAAUUUCAAAGAUGAUAUGACUAGAGAUGAGGCCAUAAAAUUGUGUUCAGAUGCCAUUUUGGCAGGUGUUUGGAACGAUUUGGGAUCUGGUUCCAAUGUCGAUGUGUGUGUCAUGGAAGUUGGCAAGGAUGCAGAAUUGUACAGAAACUAUAUUACACCAAAUGUUAGAAUCAAGAAAUGCAAGGAUUAUAAAUUUCCAAGAGGUACCACUGCUGUGUUGAGACAAAGUAUUCGUGAUAUUUGCGAUGUUGAAGAGACUGUAGUGAACUUCAAUGAUAAUGGUGACAAUAUGGAAGUAGAUGCUCAGGCUUAA